CUUUACCCCAAUUAACCUUAUUUGGGUUUAUUUAUUUAUUUAUAGUGUCCUCUGCUCUACUUUGCUUCUGGCUGGGCUUAUAGCUUCAUCACCUCUCUAGCUUCUAUCAUACUUCUCGGAUUUUAACUCUGUGGAUAGGGUGAGUUUUUUGGGAAGAGGUAAAAAAUGGCAUUAGAAACUGUAAUCUACCCUCAAGAAUCGUUAUUUUACGGCAGUAAUAAAGAGUUUUACGGAGGCUGCAGUUAUGGUUUUACUGCGGCCCAAGCAGUUGAGGAAGGAGUGGAUGCCGCUUUUUUCGGGACGUUUCUAGAAGCCGAUGAUAUUAAUGUCACUCCUGCCAGCUUAGACAGCAAAAGUUGUGUGAAGUACGGGGAUUGGGCUGCGGCGGCGGCGGAGGCGAAUUCGUCGUCCGAUGCCGCGGACGAUGAGCGGCGGCCGGCGGCGGCGUUGUCGGCCUCCUCCGGCGGGAGGCGGAAGCGGCGGCGGACUCGGACGUACAAGAACAAGGAGGAACUGGAAAGCCAGAGAAUGACUCACAUUGCGGUGGAGCGCAACCGCCGGAAGCAGAUGAACGAGUACCUCGCCGUCAUCCGCUCCCUCAUGCCGCCUUCCUAUGUCCAAAGGGGAGAUCAAGCAUCAAUAAUUGGAGGAGCCAUAAACUAUGUGAAGGAGCUGGAGCAACACCUUCAAACCCUAGAGGGACGCGCCCGGGCCGGCAAAGGAGAACCGCCGCGGGCGGCCCCCUUUGCGGACUUCUUCACUUUCCCCCAGUACACGAACGCCCACGGGAGGAAGGGCGGCGAGGGGGCGGGGGCGGGGGAGGAUGAAGGGGCGGCGGCGGAGAAGCGGUCGGAGCUGGCGGACAUCGAGGUGACAAUGGCGGAGAGCCACGCGAGCGUGAAGAUACUGUCGGAGAAGAGGCCAAGACAGCUUCUCAAGAUUGUGGCCCGUCUACAGUGUCUGUGGCUCACUGUCCUACACCUCAAUGUCACCACUGUUGACCACAUGGUCCUCUACUCCCUCACCCUUAAGGUAGAGGAAGGAUGCCAGCUGAGCACAGUUGACGAAAUCGCUGACGCCCUUCACCAACUCCUCCUCACUAUCCAACAAGAAGCUCUUGCUCCUCCUGCUGCACCUUAAUUAGCUUAGCUUAUCUUUCCUAAUUAAUACUCUCCACAUUUUUACAUAAUACUCCUCCUCCCUAUCCUAGGUUAUUAUUAUUAGCUGUUUUUCUCUUCUUUUUUCAUUCUUCUGAUCUGUACUUUAAUAAACUUAAUUCUCCCAC